AGAGAAGAACAGAACUGAAGUGUCUAUCAACAUAUCCAAACAGACAAAAUGAAAAUCAUUUUUAUCAUAUUUGCUGUAGCCCAGAUCCUCUACUAUUCUGAUUCUGGGAUUCCAUGUGAUCAGUCGACAAAUUCACAGACACCCGAGGCAGUAAAUGCUACAAUUAUACAAGUGAAUCAGAUGUUUGCAAUGAAUAAUCUCUUCCGUAUUGUGAGCUGCCAAGUACUAAAUGCCACUGAUUUGGGAGAAGGUGCAACAGAUUUCGAAAUAGUCAUUGAUGUCCAGGAAACUGUAUGUGCUGUAAAUUCUGGAUUGGAUCCGGCAAAUUGUACACUGCUACCUACCCCGGAUGCUAAAACUGCUACUUGCACCAGCCAGGUUCAAGUGAGACGUAAUGAAAGUCCAGUUGUUAUGGUACAAUGCAUGAACACAAGUAUGACAACACCAACCCCAACAUCAACACCAACACCGAAUGCAACGUCAACACCGACACCAACAUCUGCCCCAAACACAACACCAACACCAACAUCGAUGCCAACAUCAACUUCGACAUCACCGUCAACAUCAACAUCAAGGCCAACGUUGACCACAGCAACAACUACAACUACAACAAAAUCACCACCAUCGUCAUCAUCGGAAAGCAGUGAAUCAUCAGAGGAAUGCAAUACAAAGAGAUAUGGCAGAGGCCAAAGAUACAGACGUUGCAGGAAGAGACAUGGUUCAAGAUGGUGGUAUUGGUGGAGGCGUCGCUGGGGCAGACGAAGGCGUAACAGAUGGAAUCGCCGCAGGUAUCACAGAAGAUACUGAAAAGGCUGGAAGAACUGGAGAGAGUAAAAUCCAAAUUUAAUUUUGGAAGAAUACUAAAGAAUGAAAAGAGAUGUCACAGUGAAGGAAGAUGAUCUGCAGGAAAAAAACGUUAUCUGACAAUAAAGUUAAUUUUAAAA